AUGGCAGCACCAGAAAUCCAACAUAAGGCUCUGAAUGCCACUUUCCAGGGCAUUCAGCGCAAUGAUGAGAAUGUAGCAGUUCAUCAUUUUUUAGGUAUUAAGUAUGCCCGAGUGCCAGCCCGGUUUGAGAGGGCGGUGCCCGUAGAAGAUUUUGAGGAGGCUGUUGUUGAUGCCACAAAAUAUGGACCGCGAUGUCCGCAAGUUGAUGUGGAUGUACGCCAUUUACUUCGGGUUCCCGAGGACUUCAAAGUCGCACCGGAGCUAGAGGAUGAAUUUGAAUGCCUGAAUCUUGAAAUUUGUUGUCCUCCAGUAUCGGAAGGUACAGAGCCGUUGCCCGUACUGGUGUGGAUUCAUGGCGGCUCUCAGGUCAUUACAUUCUGUUCUGCUGCUUCUAAGAUCUGCGACCCGUACAAAAUCGUGGCAGAUUCUAUCAAAGCUGACAAACCUAUCAUCUUUGUGUCUAUUAACUAUCGUCUAAAUAUAUUCGCAUUUGGAGAUGGCAAAGAGAAGAAUCUUGCGUUGAAAGAUCAGCGACUUGGUAUCGAUUGGGUGCGCAAGAACAUCGCAGAGUUUGGCGGUGAUCCACAAAAUAUUACCUUGUCCGGUGAGAGUGCUGGAGCUAUCUACACCCACGCUCAUCUCAUUACCGGGCCGCCCGUCAAACGAGCAGUUCUGGCAUCGGGUACAUUGUACCUGUCCUCGCCAAUGCCGGUGGCGGUCGGCGAUGCGCUUAUCGAGAAAUUGGAAUCCAAGGUUCAAGAUAAGGGCCAGGCUUCCCUGAGAGCAUCAACUGUUCCUGUUCUUCUCGAGGCUUUGAAAGAGUGCAACGUCAAUACGAUGUUUAUACAGGAUGAACCUGAGUUGGAAAACUGGCAAACCCGGCCAGAACAAGUGGAGGAGCUUAUGAUUGGCGACACAGAAUACGAAUCGGUCAUCUGGCGCAAUGGAAUUGAACAGUGGGACGGUGAAACUCUUGCUGCAGCAUUCCAAAACGAUGCUCAAUGGGGCGAGACACUUCGCAAGCUGUACCAAGUUGUUGCUGAUCGUCCGACUGCUGCCAAGCUAGGUGUUUUAGAUAUGAUCAAUGAUACACGAUAUACACUUCCUGUAGAAGUUGUCGCGGACAAGCUCCAGACACUCAAAAAGCAGGUCUACAAGUAUGUCGUGGAUCAGCCAAAUCCUUGGCAGGCAUCGAGCCGUGCUCAUCAUGCCGUUGAUCUUCUCUUCCUCUUUGAGGGUGCUGAUCUAUCUUUCAAUCCGCCUGCACAAUUUGUAGGCCGGGAAAUGCGCAAACUUUGGAUUCGUUUUGUGUCCGGAGAAGCUCCAUGGUCUCCUAGCCAUCGUUUUGCCUUCGGACCCCUUGGCGAGUGCAAAGAGAUCAACGAGGCACAGUUUACUGCUCGCAGGCGAGUCGAGCAUUGCAAAAUUCUCAGGGCCGCGGGAACCUCUGUUUACCUACCUAUCCUUGCUCCACUGAUGGCUGGGCGCAUCAGUCUGCUCAAUUAA